CCUCUUCACCGGAACAACAUACCGAUGACGUCACAAGAGCAUUGCUAUCCACCCCUCUUAUGGCAGAAAGAGAAAACACUCUAAAAAUACACUAGUAGCAGCAUAACGUAAUGCAGUGCACUCUCUGGGAAAGGAAUCAUGGGGGAUAAGGUAGCUCCAGACGUGAAGGCCCGGCAGGUCUGCUACACAGCCAGAGACAACUUCUACCAAUGUAUGCUAGAGCACCACGAACAAGAGGAACAAUGCACACAAUUCAAACAAACCUACCAGAACAGCUGCCUUCCCUCCUGGGUGAAGUAUUUUGACAAGAAGAGAGUUUAUGAUGAGUACAAAAAGAAGCUACAAGAGAAAGGAUACAAACCUUUACCAGACAAUGAUAGAUAACGGAACGAUAAUUAUAAUUAUUGGACAUAAAAUUCUGUUUCAAUUCAAUCUGCCCAUCUGUUGUUCAUGUAUUAAAUCAGCAACUAUUGAGCUAAUAGUUUGUUGUUUUGGUCUUGUGUA